AUGGCAUCACUGCGUGCAGGUCUCUUAUCCGUGCUUCAGAACAAUAAAAUAUGGGCCAAUUCUAAGAAAGCUGAUUUGACUUCUUUCCGAGACCUAUCCGCGGGGCAAGCCCCAAAGAUUCUCUGGUUUGGAUGCGCCGAUUCACGUGUCUCACCAGAAAUCGUUACACAACUGGGCUUUGGUCAACUGUUUGUUAACAGGAACGUUGCUAAUCAAUUCGACCCAGAAGACACCAACUGUAUGGCUGUACUGGAAUUUGCUGUACAAAACCUCAAAGUAGAGAAUAUAGUCGUAUGCGGUCAUACUGGGUGUGCAGGCGUCGAAAACUUUGAUAAUGACAAGCUACCAACAAAUGUGAAAAAAUGGAUUAAACCUAUAGAAGCUAUAUACAAAGAGCAUGUUAAAGAGUUCGAGGGCAUAAAUGAUCCCAGCACAUUUAGUGGGUUGCUAGCAAGAUUAAACGUUAAAGAACAGGUGAAGAAACUUGCUGAGACCCAAGUUGUUAAAGAUGCAUGGGCAGUUCCACAAAAGUUAAGCAUUCAUGGAUGGAUGUACAACUUGCCAACAGGGCUUUUAGAAGAUCUCAAUGUCAGCAUAAGUAAUCCGAAUAAAUGA